CUAGGCCACGUGUGCCAGUCUGUCAGGCCGGUCCCGCCCCGCACCGUCCCUGCCGCUGUGCUGUAGUGCUGUUGUGGUGCUGUGCUAUUGUGGUGAUGUGCUGCUGCGGUGCUGUGCUGCUGUAUUUGAGUUUUUACGACUAACCAACAAGCACAAAACCAUAUAUCUGUAUCUUAAACUGGUCUUCCUUGGCAAUACGACCAACGCUGUAAUGCUGUGAUUCAAUAUCAACACAACAACCCAGAUAACCAUAUGAUACAGAAAUCGGAUGCUAACACAACAUUGCCAUCAGUUCCGACAUUGAAAUCGCAGUGAACCGGUGUGCGAGUGAUGGUGGGGAGAGUGGCAUCGGCUGGGCACUUCCUAAGGCGAGAUUUGGGUCUCACACCUGCAGCGGGGAGGGGAAGGUGGACAACACACUCAUUUUAGAAAAGCAUGGCGGGAGGGCGCGGGAGGCGUGGGGGUGCGUGUGAGUGGCUGUGCUCGGUGCGGAGGCGGACGUGGGUGGCGGUGGUAUGUGGCUGCAUCUUCGUCCUGCUGUACGCCUUCCAAGACUCGCCGGAGAUGGUAGUGUGUGGAUGUGACUGGAAGGUGAAGACUGAGGAGAGGGUGGCGAAGUACCUGCCUAGCCUUAUGGCCCAGGAGAAUCCCUCGACUAAGAGAACCAUACUGGAGGAGGCCGAGGCGUCGCACCCGUCCCUGGCGCUGAGUUUCCUAGUGGGGCAGGAGAAGCGGGGUUUACGCUGCCACAACACCCCGGGACUUUUCAGCGUGAGACACAACAACGAGGUGUGGCAGAAGGCCGUGAUCAAAGGCGUUACCUUCCUCAUCUACGGGGCUUACUUUGAUCAACGGGAGGUGGAGAAGGGAGCCGCGGUCAGGGUGCUGGUGGUGGCAGACUCCCCGAAUCCACCGCUGCCCAUAUGUCAUCUGUGGUACGAGGACGACCUCACGCCCACCGCCUCCACGGCCGAGAAAAUAGAUUACCUACACUGGCAAGACCGGGUGAGCGGCGCGUGGCUCCCGUACCUGGUGACCUGCCGAGCUGGACAUGACCUUCGAGGCGUGCCCAGGGUAGCGGCGCUGGUGGGGCACUCCUGCGGGCCCGCCACCAACGCCCUGCGAAUACAUCAGGAGGAGGAGGUGCCGAAGAGGGACCUGGCGCUGUGUCAUAAGUUCCUUUUCGACCCCACCCAAGACUACUCCAAGAGACUGGUGGAGUGGCUGGAGGCGGCCAGGGCGUGGGGAGUGGACGAGGUGACUCUCUACGAGGCGUCGGUGCACCCCAACGUGAGGGCGGUGCUGCGAUACUACGAGAACGAGGAGUUCAUCCAGGUGUUGCCUUGGCGCAGCCCCGGAGAUCAGCCCUCCCUGGGCCACCUGUACCGCGCACUCUACGACACUCAGCGGUACACUCUCUUCACCGCCGAGAACAUCCCCUACACGGACUGUCUGCUGCGCCACGUGGCCACGCACCGCUUCAUCGCCGUGUGGGACAUGGACGAGUUCAUCGUGCCCACAAAAGAGUCGUCGCUGCCCGCCAUGAUGGCAGCCACCCAGGUCCUGGCCCACAAACAAGGUCAGCACCCCACUUCCUACCUGGCGCCCUGCACUUACUACUUCGAUGACGAGGCGGAGGAGGCCACGGAGGACCUGCCUGAGUACCUGCACCUCAUGCGUCACGUGACCCGCACCGUCAAGAUGGCCCCUCCGAGAGUCUUCACGAAGGCGGUGCACGACACUUCGAGGGCGUUGGGUCUUCACGCACACUACGCUCUCCUAAACCUCAAGGGACCCAUAGACCGCAGUCGUGACCUCUACUAUUUGUACCCGGCCACCGAGGGGUACCUGGGCCACUAUCGCCCCAAGUGCCAGGGCGAGGACCAGACUGAGUGCCAGGAGAUGUACCGCCCCUACCUUACGCGGGACACGACCAUGUGGAAGUACCGACCGGAAGUGACCAAGAGGACGAAGGCGGUGCUGGAGAGCCUCGGCCUGCUGCCCUGACCCACGACCCCUCCACCCUCACAACACUAAAAAUUAUCACUCUCCCGCCUCACUCAAGUCAUCCUUCUUCCAUCCCCACGAAACUGCGGCCAGUAUUCGCAGACAUUUCGGGGCUUGCAAACCCACAUUUGAUAUGGCUUUGGUAGAUGUUGUGAGUAUUUCCAUGGGUAGUAUUAUGAGCCUAGUGAUAAUUGGACAAGGCUUCUGCACCACGAAUGUGAAAAACACCAAUGAGAACAGGACUAAAUCUCCUUUGUGGCCUUUUGAAAUAUUUGUUUUGAGAGUCGAAAGCGUUUACGAAUACGGGCCUAUAAUUUAUCACCCUUUCUUCACCCUCAAGCCAUUCUGUCACCCCUCACGACACUGUCUCCUCUACCUCCCCCUUACGUCACUCUCCCUCUUCCUCCACCCUCAUUAUAUUCUCAUUCUAAACUUUCUUCAGCCUCAUUCGUUACAUUACUUCGUCCUCUUCACAUCAAAGUUGACUCUCCCUCUUCCACAAGCUCCCAUUCUUGCUAUUGCUGCCUGUCAUACGUGUGCCCUGACGCAGCAUCUGAAGAAACACUCAGUCCAAUGCAUUUUCAUCUAUAUGCUGCUCUACGCUCCUCCCUCUGCCUCAAAGCGCCUUCCCUUCUUCAGCCCUCGUCCGCCAUUAACACAUAUUCACCCCCGUAAUUAUUUCAUUUUAGAAAGGUGAAUUAUAUAUAUUUUUUAUGCAUCUAAUAACAUAUUCAUUCUGGUCACAUACUUAUUACUAUACAAAUUUCAUUUGAAAAAUUUCUUUGCAUGUUAUUAAUAAUUCAUCAAACACAACAAAGUAUUUUUAAUAAGUGAUUCGGAACAAUCCUUAAAAUGCUAACGUACUUCAGAUUUAUAUCAGAAAAUAUAAAAUUUCAACACUGAACGUUCACUAACAAAUAUACAUCAUCAGAUUUCUAUUUAUAUCUCAUCGACGGCUUUGGUUCCGCCGCGUGUGUCAUCGCGGGGCCGUCGACAGUGACAUCACCACUGCCCGAUGCAGUGAAGUUUUGCUGAGUCGCGAGAGCCUCAGUUAGGGAUUCGAGACAACGCGAAAGAAGUGAAGCGAUGGAGCUGAAGGUCACUCACGCCUGAGAUGAAGGUUUGGUGAAACUGAAGGCAUGCUUUCCGCCGCCCGCGUGUGGCACAUCACCGCGACUCACGUGGUCGGGAAUCAACCCAUAAAGGAGCGGAUGACGCAUUACUGUAAAAAAAAUCUUACCCUGUCUUUGUGAUGAAGAGGAAGAGCUCGAGCGGGAUUAAGAUUUGAGAUUCGAUAAAUUGCCAAUUAUCAACAUUACCACUGCCUCCUCAUUUAAAGAAUUACAGCACAAAUUUGACGUUGGUACACAGCUUAUCAAUUUGUCAGUACCAAAGUACAAUAGUAUAAGUACUAUAUGCUCCACCGCUUGUUCAACACCUGACGAGCGCACUAUUUUUAUGUUAUCAUAAUAAAGAAUAUUGAUUAUUA